AUGGCCGACGGCAGACAGGAACAGACUAGACAUUUAAUAGUUAAUUCAUUAUUUCGUAAGCAGGUGGAAGAUCCUAAAAACCCAGGGUAUGCAAUUCUCUACGAGAACCUGCUGGCACAUGUAAAAGUGUAUGAGGAUGCGUCAGCUCACACGCAGCAGGGUAAAUCGCGUCUUCGACCCAGCAAGGUUGAGACAAAAUGUCGGUAUUUACUGUUAGCAGAAAGAUAUGAUGGAGCAUUCCACCUCUACAAGUCGAGAAAGUUCGAAAAUAAGUUUUCUAUUGGUCAAUCAUGGCCUUUAGAGCAGCUCCGUGCUGUUGAAGGAGUAAACCCAACGACAUUCGUUGUAACUCUGAAUAAAGCUUACUGCUGGUCAACGGAAACGCCUUAUGAGAAACAAGCAUUCUUAUAUAGUUUGGUACAGGUCUACAGAAAGUUCACUACUCAACUGCCAAGACUUGCCAGUUGCGAAGACUUUUGGAUAGAAGAACAAACUCAAUCGGAUGAAUUUGUAAUGGCUUUAUCUCUACAAGAAAAGCUCGCAAAUGCGAAUUCAACUACUAGUAUCCGUAGUUUCGAUUCGGGUCUCCGGAACCUCGCCAAGAAUGAUAGAUCCACGCCCUCUUUAUUUGCUGGCGCCAACGCCAGCGAGUCGAAUAGCAUUAUGAAUUACGCAAUAGAUGAAG